AUGAUUUGUCGAAAGAUUUCAGCAUCACACCGUUUCUUUCAAUAUCGAUUUGUGAUUUCUAGAAGGAAAAGAAACAGCGCAGCCUCCAUUCUUCUCUUGUCGCCUCCUCAGGCGAUUCCCUAUUCCUUGUGCAUCGAUUGCUUGCUGCCGACAUCCAUCGUCGGAUACAGUCGCACCCACAACACCGGCGACCGUCACACAUCACAGAUACGAUUCAAGUUACCAGUUUAG